UGGUGGGUAUUCCCAAACUUCAGCUCCUUCCCUAGUAUUCUACUUUCCAUCACUCUCUCCAUCUAUAUAAAAUGAGGCUCCUCCAUAUGGUUUGCUACAUCAAGCACGUAUCCUUCUUGGUUCAGUUUUAUUUGCUACACGAAGUUUGCAUUUCCUUUUUCUCUAAUUUCAAGGGCAAAGAGCAGUCUUUCGAAGAGUUAAGAUGAGUUCGACAAGCAGAGCAAUUGUAGCAGCCAGCGUAGGAGUUGUGGAGGCCAUGAAAGACCAGAUGGGUAUCUGCAGAUGGAAUUAUAUUAUAAGAUCCGCUCAACAAAAUACAAAGAACCAUCUCCGGUCCAUGUCUCAGGCCAAGAGCCUCUCCUCCUCAACUUCUGCAGUGGUUUCAAGCAAAGUAAGAGACCAGGAGAAAAUGAAGAGGUCAGAAGAGUCUUUGAGGACAGUCAUGUACUUGAGCUGUUGGGGUCCCAAUUGAGGGUCUGGUCAGCUGAAGAAAGCGAACCAGUGUUUCUUGGGAGAACUUGCCUGACGGCCAUUCAUACGUCGACAUGGCGAUGGGAAAUGUCAGGCCGAGAUGGUCAUAGUAGAAAUUGUAGACUCAAUAUAGUAUUUGAUUGAUGAAAAAUUAUGGUAAAUUGUGAACUU